AUUUUUGGCCCCCAAAAUAUGUCAGCUUCCAACUGUCCUUAUUCUCCUCCAGAAAACCUUUACUACAGGAACAGAAACGGGGGAAAAAAACAACAACAAUACAAAUAAUGUCAUGCCAGGAUAACAUGGCUGCGGGUCAUUUCCUUAUGGAUUCUUUGAUGGGAGGAUCAUCUUCCUAUAGAGGCGAAGGCUACUCCAACAGCAACCAUGGAAUGUACAUCCACCCGGCUGCAUCUGAGUAUGGAUGCUCAAUGAUGAGACAUUUUGGAGUAGUUGGAUCGAAAAAAGACGAGGUUCCUCUGAGCAGCCACCCUCUCGGCUCCUACCAAGAUGCGCCUUACCUGUCAUCCCAACUGGGCACAUGGACCUCGGCUUCCAAAACUAACAGGGACGAGCAACCUGUUGCCCAGUCCAGUUUACAACCAUGUUCGUUUCCAACCGACAACGUCAAAGAGGAGGCGUUCUGUUGUCUGUAUCAGGGUGACAGUAGCAGCAGGGCUAAUAAGGACGCUACAGAGUCGGCUACUUACAUCCGGCUUGGGAACAAUAGUAGCAGCCAGACCGACCAAACCGCUGUCUCGGCGACGUCCGAAUGUUAUGGAGGAGAGAAACAGGUAUACCCCAGAGGGAGCAGGGGACAGCGAAAAGAGCAGGUCGGGACAGGCUUUGCUUCUUUGGACCAGGUGACGACAUCUGUUGAAUCACCCAGAGAAUCAACGGUUAAAAUGAGCAAAUCUACCCAGGAGACAGUCAGCGAGGAAAUGCGCAACGAAAAGGCAAAACAGGGAAAGAGCAUGAAAGAGGAAAGCGCAAAGACUGACAGUUGUUCUGAUAACUCCGACAGCGAAUUGAAAGAUGAUUUUACACUGGAAAAUGCUCCAGGAAACUGGUUAAAAGCCACAAGUGGACGGAAGAAGAGAUGCCCGUACACAAAGCACCAGACGCUCGAGCUGGAAAAGGAAUUUUUGUAUAACAUGUACCUGUCUCGCGAGCGCCGCCUGGAGAUCAGUAAGAGUAUCGAUCUGACCGAUAGACAAGUCAAGAUCUGGUUCCAGAACCGAAGGAUGAAACUCAAGAAACUCAAUAAGGAAUGUCGUGGACGGGAUCAUAUGGCAGUCCACAACUUCACUUAAAAUGAUUUGAUCUAUAAAACCAUUCCACAUACACAUACACAUACACAUACACAUACACAUACACAUACACAUACACAUACACAUACA